UAGUAGGCCGAGGGGGAGGAGCGGGUGGGCAGGAGGGGCAAGUCUGAGCAGAGCUCGGGGGUUGGCACCGCUUUGCGCACCCAUCCAAGCGGCAGUCGGCACUUGGCCCAGAAGCUCUCGUUGACCGCACUAGCUGCGUCUCCUGUGCUCCCUCGCCCUGAGCUCAUCUGCAGACGUCCUGGCGUCCGUACCCACCAUGCCUAGUCUUUGGGACCGUUUCUCGUCGUCCUCCUCUUCUUCUUCGCCCUCGUCCUUGUCUCGAACUCCCUCUUCAGAUCGGCCGCCGCGCUCAGCCCGGGGGUCGGCGGCCCGAGAGGAGGGGCUCGGCCGCUGCGCGAGCCUGGAGAGCUCGGACUGCGAGUCCCUGGACAGCAGCAAGAGUGGCUUCGGGCCAGAGGAAGACUCGGCGUACCUGGAUGGGGUGUCCCUGCCCGACUUCGAACUGCUCAGCGACCCGGAGGACGAGCACCUGUGUGCCAACCUGAUGCAGCUGCUGCAGGAGAGCCUGGCCCAGGCACGCCUGGGUUCGCGGCGGCCCGCGCGCCUGCUGAUGCCCAGCCAGCUGGUGAGCCAGGUGGGCAAGGAACUCCUACGCCUGGCCUACAGCGAGCCGUGCGGCCUGCGGGGGGCGCUGCUAGACGUCUGCGUAGAGCAGGGCAAGAGCUGCCACAGCGUGAGCCAGCUGGCCCUCGACCCCACCCUGGUGCCUACCUUCCAGCUGACCCUCGUGCUGCGCCUGGACUCACGCCUCUGGCCCAAGAUCCAGGGGCUGUUCAGCUCUGCCAACUCCUCCUUCGUCCCUGGCUUCAGCCAGUCUCUGACGCUGAGCACGGGCUUCCGAAUCAUCAAGAAGAAGCUGUACAGCUCGGAGCAACUGCUCAUUGAGGAGUGUUGAACCCAACAGAGACAAUGGAACUUUUUGGGGUGGACACCGGGCAGGCAGGAGCUGAGGGACUGCUGUUCCUGUCCUUAGAAAACUGACGACAGCCACCUGAGGGGAGGAAGGCCGAGGUGGGGGAACAUAGUGUUUCCUAGGAAGCUCAUUGAGGUGUGUGCAGGUGGCUCCCCUUUGGAGGUACUUGCCCCUUCAGUACUGUAGCAUGAAACAAAGGCUUAGAGGCCAGCCAGGCUCUGGCCGGAUGUGUAGCAUGUACCUUAUUAUUUUUAUUAUUACUGACAGUUAAGACAACAGUGGUGUAACAAGGCCAGGAGAGCAGCUGGGCUGUGCUGGCCUCUGCAAGGGGGUGUGUGCUCAUGGUAGCUGGCCUUGGUGGGAGGGGGGAAGCCAUCGAGGGUGGUUUUGUGUGUCUCAUGGUCUGAAGGGACCAAGUGUGUUUGUUCUUUGUUUUCGUAUUAUUUGUUUUUCUGAUAGGAGCUUCACUACUGACCUGUUCUAGGCAGCUGUCUUACAGACGCAUGAAUGUAAGAGUAGGAAGGGGUGGGUGUUGGGAUCACUUGGGAUCUUUGACACUUGAAGAAAAAAUAUACCUGGAGUUGCAUUCAGCCCAUCCCCCACUGUGUACUGAAGAAUUGAGCUUGGAGGUGAUGGGGCUGAGUUGGGGUGGGGGCUGGACCCUCUUCCCCAGGAGUGCCAUCUGGGUCUUCCAUCUAGAACUGUUUGUUUACAUGAAGAUACUCGCUGUUCAUGAAUACACUUGAUGUUCAAGUAUUAAGACCUAUGCAAUAUUUUUUACUUUUCUAAUAAAAAAUACAGUUUUUAAAAACA